AUGUUCCGAACAAGUCUCGUUCGCGCAACACGCGCUGCCGUCCAAGCCACCUCUCGCGUUCAGCGCCCUGCCUUCCAACGAGCCAUCCAGACUCCCUUUGUCCAAUCCAGAAUAUCCACACCGGCAACCUCGAUCUCGGCCAUAAGAUGCUACGCCUCCUCAUCAGGGCUCGGACAGGAUGAGGUAACCGGACGUAUUAUGGAUCUACUCAAGAACUUUGACAAGGUUCAGGACCCAUCCAAGCUUUCCGCCUCGUCACACUUCACAAACGAUCUUGGUCUGGACAGCUUGGACACUGUCGAGGUGGUUAUGGCUAUUGAGGAGGAGUUUAGCAUUGAGAUCCCAGACAAGGAGGCCGACGCUAUCCACAGUGUGAACCAAGCCGUGGAUUACAUCAUGGCACAACCUGAUGCGCACUGA